UAAUGCGUUGCAUACCGGAACGAAUCCUGAAGGUGCGCUCAUAAAUUAGUUUCGUCUGCAAAAAUAGAAAUUGUGAGUAAUUCCUCAGAUAAUUGAGAGUAUAUAUUCUCCAAAGUUUACAAACAUUUUCAAUAAUUGUUUGAAAGCAGUGAAGGACGUACGGAGGAAACGCUUUCUUGAAACUGUAACGAAUUAAGAACAGACAAAGGAUUUGUCUUGAUUAUCAAGUUAUACGACAGACACCAUAAACCUGCCAAGAUGAUGCGAGGAGUUAUGAACCGGAAAGUUCCGAAGGAGAUUCUCGACCUCUUUGAGAAAUACAUGGACAACAAAGUUCGUCAUCUGAAUCGCAAAGACGCAAUUCACAUGUUGCGGGCGGAGUUUGGUCUGGACGAGGAGCAGGCCAGCACGAUGUUUGACACUUUUGACAAGGACAAGAAUGGUCAAAUGUCCAUCUGGGAAUUCCAGCAGUUCUAUGUCUGCAUGGGAACACAACCGUCUAAUCCCCAUUCCAGCGCACAGGAGGUGGUCCAGAAGUUCAAGGACAUCGACGCCGACGGAAGCGGCAAGAUCGAUGUAAACGAGGCUAAGGAAGGACUCAAAACUCUAAAAACCGCAACCGGAAGGGAUCUUGACCCUAAGGAGAUCGAGUUCUUCAUUGAAACAACGGCUGAUGACGAUGGACAAAUAGACCUCGGGGCGUUCACCAAUCUUCUGUACAGAUUAAAAUUAUAUAAUGCCCCUCCACCACCGAAAGAUGUCAAAUUGAAGAACCCUAAAAAGGAUUAAAAUGAUAAUUUUGUUGUCACUCGGUAUUAAAUACCGGAAAUAGUCUUUCGUGAUUACAGUGCGCUGGCGUUAUCACACUUUAAAGUUAAAUUAUUAUAUAACUAAAGUGAUUUACGAAACAAAACAGAUUAACAACACAAAUAUUGGUUGGAAACUGUUCAUUGUUUGUUUUUAUAAGCGCAAAGCUCAAUUGUGUGGCUAUUCAUGAAAUCAUGCAUUUUCAAUUAUUUGCCAUUGUCAUUUUAUACAUUAUAUUUUAUUUUUAUCUGAAUAAAGUGUUAAAAAUUUA